GUCCCGCUGUGUCUUAGGCGUACAGCGCAAAGCCGGGCUGGCAACCCUUGCCCUGAGUCCUCGCUAAACACAAUAGCCCCUCAUCGUUUUUUUUUUCAUUGCGAACCACUUCCGUCGAGAUGAUGCCAACCUAUCGCAACGACGUCGACCCGUUCAAGGACAUUCGCGUCCUCCCUCGCGAGGCAGCCCAGCUACGUCACCACCUCAGCCGCAUUCACCACACACUGCAGAAGAAGUACUUUGUGUCACCAGAGCUGUCCGAGUUUGCGCUGCAGCCCGAUAAGUCCGACGAGUUCAUUGCACACUACAAGGAGGAGAUCCAGCGCAUCUUUGCGAAGCUCAACAAAAGCGCGAGGCACCUGUACAGCGUCAACGUCGAUCCUCUGCGCCUCACGACGGGGUUUGAGUUUCACCGCGUCGACGACGGCAGGGCCAACGAGAACGCGGUGAGGGUGUCGCAGUCGUUUUCUUCGCCCGAUGCGGAGGCGAAGUGGACGGCGUCCAUGGUGGAAACGGGCAGGCAGCUCGCACAGCAGCAGGCAAUCGAGUCGAAUCGGCUGGCGCUGUCUGCUGCGGUGCAGUCCACGCCGUCGUCGCAGCAGACGCAGAACCUGCGCGCUGGUGCUGUUGCCGGUGGUGGUGGUGUUGGUGGCAUGGCAGGUGGCGCGUCGACCGGCGUGGUGGACUCGGAGGUGCGCAAGGUAAACAAGGAGAGCUUCUUGUUUAGCACUCCACCGGAGUUUAAGGGCUUUGCACCCAGCGGAGCGUCGCCUUCAGAAACGCUGACACCAGCCUAA